CAGGGACGCAGGCGGAGCCUUUCCCAGCGGCGCAGCCAUAUCUUUCCCCAGUGAACACCUAGAUGGAUUUCCAAUAUCGCGCCUGGCACGUUCGGGAGGGAGCCUCGGGCUCCUUGCGUGCUCCCAGCCGCGCGUCCUCCUUUCUGCAGUCUAUAUUCCUCUGGGAGACGCAGGGGGCUGUGGGCACUACAAGCUUUAUUAAGAGAUUCGCAAUGGUUUACUCGGGCCCCUAAAUCACUCCCGCCCGCGAAGAGCUGCCUGCGGUGCUGUAACGCAGAAUCUCCUAACGCACGUUUUUUUGUCCUUCCUCCUCUUAACACGGCUCAGGGUCAGUUUCAGCGACUCUAAGAGUAUCUGCGUGGGCGCCUGUGCGGGGGUCCGGCCGAAAGAAAGGAGUUGGACUGCGAGAAGAACGUCACCGUGCCACCAGACCGCACAGGCACUUUGCACGGGCCAUCUACGCGUCGGUCUGGAGGUAGCGCGCCCUGGCCCCAGCCCGGGCAGCUGCGGCGAAGGCGGCGGCAGCAGGGGCCCCGGGGCCGGCGCUGCGGACGGCAUGGAGGAGCCGGGGCGAAAUGCGUCCCAGAACGGGACCUUGAGCGAGGGCCAGGGCAGCGCCAUCCUCAUCUCUUUCAUCUACUCCGUGGUGUGCCUGGUGGGGCUGUGUGGUAACUCCAUGGUCAUCUACGUGAUCCUCCGCUACGCCAAAAUGAAGACGGCCACCAACAUCUACAUCCUGAACCUGGCCAUCGCAGAUGAGCUGCUCAUGCUCAGUGUGCCAUUCCUGGUCACCUCCACGUUGCUUCGCCACUGGCCCUUCGGCGCGCUGCUCUGCCGCCUCGUGCUCAGCGUGGACGCAGUCAACAUGUUCACCAGCAUCUACUGUCUGACUGUGCUUAGCGUGGACCGGUACGUGGCCGUAGUGCACCCCAUCAAGGCAGCACGCUACCGCCGGCCCACCGUGGCCAAGGUAGUGAAUCUGGGCGUUUGGGUGCUAUCGCUGCUUGUCAUUCUGCCCAUUGUGGUCUUCUCGCGCACAGCGGCCAACAGUGAUGGCACGGUGGCCUGCAACAUGCUCAUGCCUGAGCCCGCUCAGCGCUGGCUCGUGGGCUUCGUGUUGUACACAUUUCUCAUGGGCUUCCUGCUGCCCGUCGGGGCCAUCUGCCUGUGCUACGUGCUCAUCAUCGCCAAAAUGCGCAUGGUGGCCCUCAAGGCCGGCUGGCAGCAGCGCAAGCGCUCAGAGCGCAAGAUCACCCUAAUGGUGAUGAUGGUGGUGAUGGUGUUUGUCAUCUGCUGGAUGCCUUUCUAUGUAGUGCAGUUGGUCAACGUGUUUGCGGAGCAGGACGACGCCACGGUGAGCCAGCUGUCGGUCAUCCUGGGCUACGCCAACAGCUGCGCCAAUCCCAUCCUCUAUGGCUUCCUUUCGGACAACUUCAAGCGCUCCUUCCAGCGCAUCCUGUGCCUCAGCUGGAUGGACAACGCCGCCGAGGAGCCUGUCGACUACUACGCUACGGCCCUCAAAAGCCGCGCUUACAGCGUGGAGGACUUCCAGCCGGAGAACCUCGAGUCCGGAGGCGGUGUCUUCCGUAAUGGCACCUGCACGUCUCGGAUCACGACUCUCUGAGCCUUGGCCGCGCAAGGACCCUGCGCAAGGCAGGAGGAGGAAAAUGAGGAGGAAGGGAGGCCGGGUGCUAGAGGUGAAAGUAUCCCAGGCGUCUGGGUGCGGUGGGGCAAAGUGGGGCUAAGACACUGUGUGCGAGUGGGGCGGAGCGACCCGGGAAAGUCGCGCGACCAAGGUGGAAUUGGGCACUUUGCUUAUAAAUUGGGAAGGCUUGCUGGCCCCUUUCUCCUCGUCUGCUACUUUCGCUCCCUCCUCCACUGCGCUUGCACUUCUGCGCCCCGCUAUGCGCCCCACUCUGUAACUUCGAUCUUUCCUUCCGCCCCGUCCUGCAGGUGCAGAUCAUGAACUCAUAAACGUCGUCAACUCAGCCUGACCCUCCGCCCGGCCAGCCGUCAUUUUUGUUUGAGCUGAGCCGCAGUUACCGCCACGGGUUUCCCACGGGGUGAGUCCCCGACUCGCCCUCAGCCCCUCCCUGCCGCGCCCCUCCGCUCGCCAGAUUCUGCCUGGUGCCCCUAGCGGAGUCUGGAGAAUCGCCGCUCUCUGGGCUCAGUUCUGUUUGAAGGAGGACUCGGGAAUGAACUAGGCAGUUGGUCUUUUCUCCUACUCUCGGGUGAAGUCGUGCCCUCCCAAGAACCCUUUCACCGCUCGCACUCCACCCGGGGCGGAGCCAGGUGCUUAGUAAAAUCGGUCCCGCGCUUCGAACCCCAGGCAUUCUGCAGUCCCCAUCCAAACCCCGCUCCGGAGCAAAAAGGAACGGACAACAAGCGACCCAGGAGUUUUCAGCAGAUUCCAGGGUUUGGCGGGGAAAGGGUUGUAAUAGAAACCACCCCUUUUUCGGGCUCCCAACCAGCGCUUUUGAUUUCAAAGACCAAACGCUGGGCACUCCCGGGACGACGGCGGUCUGUGUUGCCCCCCUAAGGCAGGGCGCACUUUCCCCGGGGCCGCCUGGGAGUCUGCCGCUGCGCGAGGAUUGCUCCCUCCCCUAAGCCGCAGGCGGCGCAGCUGUGAGAGCAACAGCAGACUUGGUUUCCUGCUCCGGCUUAUCUCGGAGACCAGGCGCCGCGGCCGGGACCUCCGUGGCGCCUUUUGAGCCUUGGCCAAUCCCGAGCGCGCUGCUGCCGCCCGCAGGCUAAAUAGUGCGGCCUGCCUGGCCCCUGAAGGUUGCUGCCUUUCAAGCGGUGCCUAAUAAGUUAUUUUCUUGUUUAACAUAUUUAUUUAUUUAUUUAUUUGUGAUGUUUGGAAAGGUGUCUCUGCUUUGCUUUUCUCUACUUGCCUAGCCCAGGCCCUUUCCUUCAGGACACUGGGGAUGGGGAUCGAGGUGACAGUGGGGGGAGGCUUUCUCCCCAAAGACCCCUCAAAACCUGUCCUCUUUGUUGGGCCCCCCCCCUUUUUUUAUCCUUCUAUUUUUGCUUGUAUUCAGUGAAAAUUGGAGAUUCUCUUAUACUUUUUCUUAUGUAGUCUCUUGUUUGUCUUAAUAGUAAAUACAUAAAUACAUAAAUGAUAACGUGGGUCAGCCACCUCCCUCCCGUGCAGAGUGGAAUGUCCUGAAUUCCUUUCAACAUCACCUUAUGUAUGCUUUUAUUUUUAUAUAUAUAUAUUUGUACCCAUGCCAUCUAUUUAUCUUGCUCGGUCGUCAUGAGUCCGUGAAACAAUGCGAGGCUGGCUGGAGCACUUUCAGAUAUGGGCGUUCCAGGGACACUCAAGCCUGGAGCUGAGAAAUCUGAUGCAGACCAAUUGUAAUCAGUGCCUAGAACGUCCCUGUUUAUGUCCCUGCUUCUUCUAGGUUCCGGCAUAGACGAUUCUGAUAGACAAUCUAGUUAACAUUGUCACUUCUUUCAAACACAUUGAAAGUAGAGUCAUUUGUGUCUGUGUUUAACCUUACCAAUUACAUUGGAAGCCUGAGCAGGGCAAGGACCAAUAAUUUUACUUCUUUGUAUUUCCUGUAUUGCUUUAGUAUGCUGGCAUGUACAUAGUAGGCACUAAAUACAUGUUUGUUGGUUGAUUGUUUAAGUAAGCCAGAGUGUCUUACAACCCUGGGGAGAUACUGUCUGGGGCUGUCAGGUUCUCUCAUUGACAUGAUACACAAUGGUUGAAAUCAUGGAAAAAGAUGUUUUGUGUAAUAUUUGCUUCAAGAACAUUGUGCUUUCCUGAAAGCAGUAACCAAGAGUUAAAAUGUCUCUAACAUUUUGUUUAAACUAAGGAACAAAUAUAUGCUUUGGUUAUACAUCAUAAAGUUUAGAUCUGUCCCUUGAUAAUAAUAUAUAUUAUUACUCCUUUGGAAAAUAGAUUUUUAAUGGUUAAGAACAAUGAAAUUCACAAAUCUUAAACACUAUCCUCUUGAGAGGAUACAAAUCUAGUGCUCUUAACCUGUUACCAUUGUAAUAUGAACUAAAUAAACAAAUAUAUUAUGUUG